ACUAAAGAUGGCCGAUACGUUGAAUCCGUUUGUCUACUGGGGACAAACAAAUGACAAAAUUUCACUCAAGAUUGCACUGAGAAACAUAGAAAUUGGAAACACUUUCCUCUGGGCAAUGACUGGAAGAUGUGGCUGGAUGGGAUGAACAGGUCAAUCUGACCAGAGAAAAUCUCUCAUUUAGAGCAACAGGAGAUGGAGUGAAAGGAAAUAGCCUAUAUGGUGUCAGUCUCAGCUUCUAUCAACCGGUUGAUCCUGAGCUUUUAUCGCAAGACAGCCACAGAUGUAGAAUUCCAGAUAAAGAAAGAUCAGCCUGAGAGCUGGCCUCGUCUAACUGGGGAGAGAGUGAAGCUGCCAUGGCUUAAAAUAGAUUUUGACAAGUUCUUAGUCGAUGAUGAAUCUGAUGAAGAGAAAGCACAACAAAGUAACUUUGACAAAGAGAUGAUGGACAAAUUUAUGGAAGAUUUCAAUAAAGAGAAGCCAUCAGAAUCAAAACCAUUCACUAUCAAGCUGAACUACCUGGUGUGUUACAACCUGUUCCAGUUUAUAGGUUUUAGCUAUGUAAUCUUUGGUCUUUUAUUUCAUUACAUAACCAAAGGCUUAGAGGCCAAGCACACUGCAUUUGAAGCAGUGGGAUUGCAGCUGAUGAUCUGCCAACUGGCAGCUUUUUUGGAGGUCCUUCAUCCCAUGUUAGGUUUAGUCAAAACAGACAUUGUCACUCCUCUUGCACAGGUCUUGGGAAGAAACUUUAUUCUCUUUCUCCUGAUUUUGCAAGAACCUCGAUUACAGGAGCAACCUGUUGUUUUCUACCUUAUCCUAGUAUGGGGUGGCAUAGAGCUCGUGCGCUAUCCAUUUUAUAUACUGCAGAGCAUGGGUCAAGAACUGGCUCUUGUCACAUGGCUGCGCUACACACUGUGGAUUCCACUCUAUCCUUUGGGUAUACUUCUAGAAGGCACUCUUGUGUUCAUGGCAAUUCCAUUGUUUGAAGAGACAGGGUUUUUCAGCUUUUCGCUACCAAACACACUUAACAUGGCAUUCUACUUUCCUUGGAUUCUGCAGAUUUAUCCUAUUAUCUUAGCUGGUGCUGGGUACUUCAUGCUUCAGCACAUGUAUCGGCAGCGAAAGAGACGGCUAGGACCGGCCCUUUUCUCUCGCCAUAUGUUUGCUAAGAAAAGCAGAUGAUUUCAGGCUGCUGUUAUUUUUCUGUCAGUGUAUUUUCACCCCAUAUUUAGCAUGUUAUGAACAUGAAAAACACUGCAGCUGAUUUUUAACAUUUGAGUGUCCCAUUGAAAUUUUCCCAUCAUUUGGAAAAGUUGUGCAAGUAUAAAAAAAAAAUCAUUUAAAAAAACUUAUCUUUGUUCAUUUAUCAUUGGUUUAUUAUGGUUUACAUUUUCUGCUAAUGAUAAUGAUGCUAUAAUAUCUGAUAACUUUUGAUUGAAAGUAUUGUAUGAAAGUUCACAUUUUUAUACAAAAGAUACAGAGGUAAGUUUUUGUAUGUGAGCAUAACAUGCAGUUGCAGACCCUCAUGUUUAAUGUGAUGGAUGCUAAUGAUGAGCAAGGCCUUAGGAAUAAAGAACUGUCAUCAAUGUGGAUAUAAUUAUGUAGAUUCAUUGACAUGAAAUAUCAAUAUUCUUUUGGAGCACAUUUUCACAGCAUACAGAAAUGCAUAUUGAUGCCAUAAUUUUGGUUAUUAUGUUUGUUAUGUGUACUUUGUUGAUGUUUUAUAGUGAUAUUGUGCAAUUUCCAAUUAAAUUCAGCUACUGUAUAGAUUAUUCUUGAAGGCCUUUAGGGGAUGGAUUGUGUAAGUUAAUGGCAAAAAAAGGAAAAUUUAAUUCCAUGGAGCAAGAGAUUAAGAUCCUUUUUUUUUUUGUGUAAAUAUUUGUUUUAGCUGUUCUGUGCAUUUAGCUGGAACUCUCAGUCUUUAAGGGGACAUGAUAUAUCAGUACAGCAAAACUGCACAUUGUUCACACUGUUCAGUUGAAAAGUUGUCACUUCAAGUCUGGUUCAGAUAAAACAUUUUUAUUCUUUUGCUGUCACUGCUGUCACAGCAUAUACAUUUCUAAUUCACAAAAAGCAAACUUAAACGAAAGAAGUUUAUUUUAAGUAAAGCAAAAGUCCAUAGAAUUUUCAUAUGAUAACAUUUCUGGAUUACUCUCUGGUUCUGGGCUUGAAAUAGUUCAAAGUAGGCAGUCAGUGCCUGAAAAUAGUCCGUCUGUCUGCAAGACUUAUAAUCCAAUUCCUCCAUCCAGAUCAUAGAGUAGUAGGAGUUACAUAAAUGGUGUAUGACUGCAAAAUCUGUUUCGUGUAGAUUGUCAAGAAGUACAUGAUCCUGCAACCAGUUGUUUCCCUUCUGUUGGCACAUUGUUAACUUCAGUAGUAUUUUGUUAAAAUUCAUGCUGCUAGAGUGCAUACCAUGACCAAUCUGAGUAAUGCAAUCACAUAUUAAAAAAAUUAUUUAGUCUAGUUUAUACCUUUAAUGAAAAGUUGUUAUAAGUAUUCGAAUGAAAAAUUUAUUAAGGAAUAUGAAAUGGUCAGUGAGGAUCUUAUCCAACGUCAGUUUUUAUUGGAGGAAGGGGGUGUCUAUGGAAAAGGAGUUGAGCGUAACUUUAUUUAGCAAACAAAAUUGUUUUAUGAAACAUGAAAGAGACAAAAAAUGAGAAGCAUGUGUGUUGCGAAAGAAAGUGCUCAACUCGGUGACAAAAAGCAACAUGGUGUGUUGACCUGACUUAGAGUACUCUUCUUUAAGGAGGCAUUGCAUGAUCUCUUAAUUUUUUUCUGGUCAUUUGCAAGCAUAUGUGAUUGUGGCAUGCAUGAAAAAUUUAUUAAAGUCAUUAAUCUGAUUAA